AUGCCUGCUAAAGUCCGCCUUUUCAGCCCUCCCACCUCGCUCGAGGCAAGACUUGCCGAGCCUGUCGUCAACCCAUCCGUUCCUCGCAUCGUACCGGACGCUCCAGAACUCGAGGCUCCUCGACUACCUUUGAACCUGUCGUCGGCCUAUACUCGAGUUCCUAUGGCUGCGUAUGAUACCAAGAAGGGGGGCAUCACCUUCGCCUCCCAAGACAAGCUACCCAAGCUCCCGAUCCCCGACCUCGAGAGCACGUGUCAAAACUAUCUCGAAGUGCUCAAGCCACUGCAGACUCCGAGCGAGGCGGCAGAGACGCAUAGUGCAGUUUCGGAGUUUCUCAAGAACGACGGGCCAGAUUUGCAAGAGAAGCUUAAGAAAUACGCUCACGGGAAGACGAGCUACAUCGAACAGUUCUGGUACGACUCGUACCUCAACUUCGACAACCCUGUCGUUCUCAACUUGAAUCCUUUCUUCCUCCUCGAAGAUGAUCCCACGCCCGCUAGAAACAACCAGGUGACCCGUGCGGCUUCCCUGGUCGUUUCCGCUCUCGACUUCAUCAGAGCCGUGCGGAAAGAGGAGCUCCCUCCGGACAGCUUCAAGGGAACGCCGCUAUGCAUGUACCAAUUUUCGCGUCUGUUCGGAACGGCCCGAGUGCCGACUGAAAACGGCUGCCAGAUUGUGCAGGACGCCGCCUCCAAGCAUAUCGUUGUCAUGUGCCACGGUCAGAUAUACUGGUUCGAUGUCCUCGACGACAACUCGGACGUCAUCAUGACCGAGAGGGACAUCGCCAUCAACCUGCAGACCAUCACAAAUGAUGCCAGUCAGACGCCGAUACAAGAAGCCGCAAAGGGCGCCCUUGGCGUCCUGAGCACCGAGAAUCGCAAGGUUUGGUCUGGUUUGAGAGACGUGUUGACCAAGGACCCUGGCUCCAACAACGCUGACUGCCUCAACAUCGUCGACUCGGCCCUCUUCGCCCUUUGCCUCGACUACGCAGAGCCUUCCGACGUCGCGGACCUCUGUCAAAACAUGCUGUGCGGCACUAGCGAGGUGAAGAACGGUGUUCAAAUCGGCACAUGCACGAAUCGAUGGUACGACAAGUUGCAAAUCAUUGUUUGCAAAAACGGCAGCGCCGGUAUCAACUUUGAACACACGGGCGUCGACGGGCACACGGUCUUGAGAUUUGCCAGCGACGUCUACACCGACACCAUCCUCCGUUUUGCCCGCUCCAUCAACGGCCAAGCUCCUACGCUGUGGGCGACGAGGAGCCCCGAUCCGUCCAAGAGGGACCCCGAAAGCUUUGGGGAUGUCAACACAACGCCGCGCAAGCUCGAGUGGGACAUGAUCCCGGAAUUGAGCAUAGCCGUUCGCUUUGCCGAGACGAGGCUCGCCGAUCUCAUCGAGCAAAACGAGUUCCAAUGCCUCGACUUCGACUCGUACGGCAAGAAUUUCAUCACCUCCAUGGGCUUCUCGCCAGAUGCCUUUGUCCAGAUGGCCUUCCAGGCAGCCUACUACGGCCUCUACGGUCGGGUUGAGUGCACGUAUGAGCCGGCCAUGACCAAGAUCUUCUUGCACGGUCGCACGGAAGCCAUCCGGACCGUUUCCGCCGACUCGGUCGAUUUCGUCCAGACCUUUUGGGCCGACAACCCUCUUGAGCAAAAGAUCGAGGCGCUCAAACAGGCCUGCCAGCAGCAUGUCACCCGGACGAGAAACUGUGCCAAGGCGCAGGGCUGCGAUCGGCAUCUCUACGCACUGCUCUGCGUCUGGCAGAAGUACAUCGACGACGAAGUGGACAGCAGCAUGAGCAGCGCGGGGCAGUCCAGCCCCACCAAUGACGAAUCCUCUCUCGCUGGAGGUCACGGCGGCGAGGUUGUCGAGACCAGUCGAGGUCGGGGAGACAGCACCGUUUCUCGGCCCCGAGAUGUCCAGUCGUUGCCCUUCAUAUUUGCAGACUCGGGGUGGGAUAAGCUCAACACGACGAUACUUUCUACUUCCAACUGCGGCAACCCAUCUCUUCGGCAGUUCGGCUUCGGUCCCACCUCCGGGGAUGGGUUCGGAAUUGGAUACAUCAUCAAGGACGAAUCCAUUUCCAUCUGCGUGUCGAGCAAGCACCGCCAGACGAAGCGCUUCGUGGCGGCGCUCGAGAGCUACUUGAUGGAAAUUCGACGCUUGCUCCGGCUCACAAACCGCAAGUCAUCGACGGGCAAGGCUAGCCGGGCGCGGGAGGCAGAGUCUGCGCAGCUCAAGCCCGCCAGCAGGCUCAAGUCUCGCGGCCGUCCCAUCAUGGGCACCGAGGCCAUCAAGACGCCAAGAUCCAAUGAUGCCGCGUCGAUAUUUGAGGAGAGUACGUUGGCGAGCGAUGAUGAUGAGCUGGGCGGAUAUGGCUUCUUCGACGCCGGCAUGCUUCUGCAGGCACUCAAGGCACGGGAUCACGCUGCGGACAAAACAGGGUCGAAGGCAUCGGAACGGGCGACGGUGCAGGCCAGGAGAAGAGACGUUGGCAAGAAGCUGCGGUUGGCGACAGAGUGA